CUGCUCAAUCAGCUCAGAGUCUUGGUUGAUGAGUGCAAGAGGACCUUCCAGCCCAUGGGUAAUGAAAAGGGAAACAGUUAUUGGGAAAAAGAAUUGCCACCAAAUUUUGACAGAAGUGGGACGGAGAAAUUUAUUCGUGCCAAAUAUGAGGGAAAACUGUGGGUUGCCAAGAAUGCAAAGCAACCGGUUCCUCUCUUAAUUCUGAUUUGUGAAGGAGCCCGUGCUUUUCCUCAAACCGUCGUUGUCUUACUUGAUGAACGGCGGCACGAUCGAAGUCCCUCACCCUCUGUUAUUGUUGGACCAUGAGGUGGUGGUGAUCAUCUCUCAGAAAGCUCGCAAUGUUCACAAUCCACCGCCAUGGAUUAUGUUGCGGGUUAUGCACUUGCUUUGGAUAUGACUGCCAGAGAAAUUCAAGCUUCUGCUAAGAUAAAAUCUACAGAGAUUAGACAGAGAAAAAGGGCAAAGGAAAGCUAUGGUGACUCUCGAAAGAUGGUUCAAGUCUCUGUUGGAGGGGAGAAUCGGACCAUUGAGUGGGCUAUACGACUAACAGUUGCUUUGAACAUUGCCAAAGCAUUAGAUCACUGCAGCAGCGAAUGCCGCCCAUUGUACCAUGACUUAAAUGUAUAUAUGGUUCUCUUUGAUAAGAGUUGGCUUCAUUUCAGUCCAGUAACUCUCUAAAUAGGUCCAAUAACUCACUAAAUAGUUCCGGGAUGAGUUCGCCGCGACCAAAAUUUAUGCCUUAGUUCGAUUCCAAACUCUCCCAAGCUGCCUUCUUUAUAGAUCAUCAAAGCGGUGCUGAAAUUCUGAGGAGGUAUAUUUAGAAUUUUGCUCAUUUUUUUUCUUCAUUUUCUUAUGAAAUUUAGGUUUUUCAGUAAUGGGUUAGGAAUUAAUUCUUAAUCAAUAAUAGGUUUUGUAGUUGAGUUGCAAAUAGUGUUGAAAGCAUUAGAUGAUCUUAGUUGCGUGAGAUUAUUCUGUUUCUAAUCCACCAAAUUCAUUUCAAAUAUAGUGGCGAUUCUUGGUUUACCUGAAUAAGCCAUACUCAGUUGAAUGUAUAUAAAAGUCAAGCUGCUUUUCUUAUUGACCUCA